CGCCACUCGUGUAGCGAGAGAGAGAGGGCGAGUGAGAGAGAGAGUGUGAGAGAGCGAGUUGCGUUAAACGGCCGCCGAUCUCAAUCGCGUUCACAUCAAGCCGGAGCUCGCAUUCCGCACCAGCCCUGCAGCCUUAACUCCACAGCGCCUCCGGCCCGCGUGAAGCGGCGGUCUCUCCGCGACCCCGACACAUACACAUCCAUCCACACGCACACACACGCACACAUCGACUCUCUCGCACACACACGGACACACGUACGUCGUAGCCCUCCCACAAGUCAAAAACUACGCGUGCACCAACACCACCGACACAGCCGACGUCGCACACAAGUUACUUGACGCCGCGCGAGCAGCAAUGGCCCUACCGGACAAUGCCAACAAGCUGACCAACGGGGAGGCGACCUCAUUCGCCGAGGUCAUCGAGCUGAACGUGGGCGGCCAGGUGUACCUGACCCGCUGCGCAACCCUGGUCAGCGCGCCCGACUCGCUGCUCGGUCGCAUCUUCUGCGGCAAGCCGGGCGGCGGUGGCGCCUCUCUGGGCGAGAGUCUCUCGCGGGACGGCAAGGGCCGCUACUUUAUCGACCGCGACGGCUUCCUCUUUCGCUACAUCCUCGACUACUUGCGCGACAACCGGCUCGUCCUACCCGAGCACUUCCCCGAGCGGAGCCGCCUCCAGCGCGAGGCGGAAUUCUUCGGGCUCCCCGAGUUGGCACGCUCGCUGGCCCCGCGUCGCAUUAGCACGCAGAACUCCAUCACGGACGCGGACGCGUGCGCCAGCGACUGCGACGAGAGUUCGCCGUCCAGCGAGACGACGAUUCGCGGAGGCGGCGUCUGCGGCGGCGGCGGCGGUGGUGGUGGCGGUGGUGUCAUUGGGACGACCACGUCCCAAAGCUCCGGGCUGCAGUGUGGAGUCGCUGUCGGCGGUGGCGUUGGCAUCAGCUACGAGCGUCGGCCCGGCUUCAUCACGGUGGGGUACCGCGGCUCCUACACGGUGGCGCGCGACAGCCAGGCGGCGGACGCCAAGUUUCGACGCGUGGCGCGCAUCAUGGUGUGCGGGAAGACGGCGCUGGCCAAAGAAGUGUUCGGCGAGACGCUGAACGAGAGCAGAGACCCCGACCGCCCGCCCGAGCGCUACACGUCGCGCUACUACCUGAAGUUCACAUUCCUGGAGCAGGCCUUCGAUCGCCUGGCAGAGGCCGGGUUCCACAUGGUCGCAUGCAACUCUAACGGGUCCGCGGCCUACGCCGGCGACCUGAGCGAAGACAGAAUUUGGACCAACUACACCGAAUAUGUCUUCUUCCGUGAGUGAUGAUGAUGAUGAUCCUGAUGAUGAUGCUGCGUAGGCACGUGGACUCUGCUUACUAAACUAUAGACUCUCCCCCCCCCACCUCCACAACCCACACCCACAACCCCUUCCCACUACAACCGCCGCCAAUCCUCACUUCUCCUCCUCCUGUAAAAUGACCCACGACCGCGCACCGCUAAUGACCCGAGUUGAACUCCGAGCGCGGAUGCGUGGCACCCCGAUACUUCGUUGUGUGUCCGGUCGGCCGCGCCUACGUCUCUUCCCCCGUCUUGUGAAGAACUUUUAUCGUGUGGACCCGAACUGAUCCCCUUUGCCCGAUCCAACCAGAUCCGAUCCGAUCCUCCUUUGUACUGCCUCGGUUCCUUGACUGCUGCUGGUGCUCCUGCUGAUGAUCAUGCUGAUGACGAUGCCUAGAUGCUUCUGACCACGUGCGUUCAUGCGCCAGCGCUCGCCUUUAUUAUUGACCCCUGUGCAAGUGUCUCAUCCUCCCUGUUUCCCACCCACCCCCUUCUUGCAUACCCCCCCCCCCCCUCCACGUCUUGAACUUCUGUUGCCUUAUCGGCUGCGGCAGCGGCGUCAGGCGACAUUCAUUACGGCAUAUGCGAGCACUCUUAUCGAUUACAACUAAACAUCGUGCUGUUUGUUGCUGGUCGCUUUUGGGGCGUGUGUUCAGCAGCCGUGGGAAAUUGAAAGUCAGCCCUGUGGCAUGGCCCUGUUUUAAAAAGUGGUGGUGGGGGGCAUACAAAUCACGGGUAAUUGGGGGGGGGGGGGUGGAGGAGGAGGAGGCGACGGCCAAUGUUAGACAAACUUUAAAACAAAUUCUAAAACGCCAAACAUUAUUGGUUACGACGCGACCCCCCAGUGAACAUUCCAACGUUGGGCCAACGUUGGGGCAACGUUAGCACGCGGUGGCUAUGCACGCGCCCCUUCAAUCCAGCGCUGUGGAGGCAGCAGCGAGAGUUGAAAACUCCCUUCCCCGUGGCCGUCGAGGAGGAGGGAUGGAGGUGCCCCUAACCCCCCAUCCUGGCUCGCCCAGGAGAGGGCCAUGCAGCCAGUGGAGUUUUCGCCGUCCGCUGUGCGUCUGCUACGGGGAAGAUGAAGGUUGUUGCUGACCCCUCGCGCGCGUGGGGAGUUCUCCGGGUGCUCCGAUUCACUCCCGCGAAUCUAAAGACUCGUCGUUUAAUUGGCUGAAAAGAUCUUAACAUAUAACAACAACAACCUCCAACAUAGCGGCAGGACCCUCCUGAAAAGCAGCCCUGCGACUCAGUGUGGCUAUUAUGGAUAAAUAAGUAAACUCUAGUACUGUUAUCACGUGGUUGGAACCUGUGGCCCAACGUUGGGCCAACGUCUGAUAUUUACCAAGCUCGUCAUGCAUUCCGCUCGUGCUCUCACCUCCCCGUGUACUCGACGGGGAUGGCGACGGCUUCGGGAAGCCUUCGUGCAGCGGUGUAUAGAUCAUAGCCGCUGGCGCUGAUGGCGAUGUGACGCCAAACGGAGCGAAUAUGAAGGGUAUACGAUGGGACCAUGCCAUGCCCUGUCGCGCAUUCUGCCGUCGCUUUCACCUGCCGCUGCCGUCGUGUGUGUGUGUCGCGUGUGUGUGUAUGUCGUGUGUGUAUGUCGUGUGUGUGUCACGUGUGUGUGUGUCGCGUGUGUGUGUGUGUAUGUCGUGUGUGUGUCGCGUGUGUGUAUG